UGUUUAUUUUCUGUCUGCGCUCGGGUACUGGGAGGGGACAGAGCGGAUAAUAUGAGGAUAUAGCCCAUGUGGAGCAGCUAUAAGAUUUGAUGAACAAGUGGGCAUGACUCCAGCCUGUGAGUCAGAUGCCUGACAGCCCCCUAGUACACAAGUAUAUCUGCCGCUUCUCAGCGCCGGGCGCAUUUGCCCCAGAAGGCAGCUUAGUAGGCGGCAGCGCAUCUUGCUCAUUAAACAGCACCGACAGAGUUGGCCAGUGAGCAACUGGCUGUGGUAUCAUGGAUCUGACCCAUUCGUCUGAGAGCCAGCAGGACUCUAACUUGGCAGCCCCAACUGAAGAUUGCAGCCCAAACUCAACUCUGUUUAACAGCAGCAGCAGCCAAAUAGACCCGACUGCAGACCCCUACGUUCGUAAUGAGGCGCUGGCAAAGAUCGAGAUCGCCAUACUAGCCAUCAUCUUUGUGGCCGCAGUGCUGGGCAACUGUAGCGUUCUGAUUGGGCUCUACAAAUCGAAAAAGAAAACGUCCAGGAUGCACCUCUUUAUCAAGCACCUGAGCCUGGCUGAUCUGGCGGUGGCAUUUUUUCAGGUUCUGCCCCAGUUGUGUUGGGAGGUAACCUACAGAUUCCGGGGUCCGGAUAUCUUGUGCCGAAUUGUGAAGCAUCUGCAGGUGUUCGGUAUGUUCGCCUCUGCCUAUAUGUUGGUGGUGAUGACUGCUGACCGCUACAUAGCCAUCUGUCACCCCUUAAAAACCCUUCAGCAGCCCACUAAAAGGUCCUAUGUGAUGAUCAUCAGCGCCUGGAUCAUCAGCUUCCUUCUCAGCAUCCCGCAGUACUUCAUCUUCUCCUUCAGCCCGGUUAACGGGUCCGAGGUGUAUGACUGCUGGGCUCAUUUCAUUCAGCCUUGGGGUGCAAGGGCUUAUAUUACCUGGAUGACAGCUAGCAUCUUUGUGGUGCCUGUGGCCAUCCUCACCACCUGCUAUGGUUUUAUCUGCUACAACAUCUGGAGGAACAUACAGUGCAAGACUAAGAGAGAGGAGAAUGAGGGGAGGAAGAGUCACGGACUAUUGUCCACCUCAGUGAGCAGCGUGAAGACCAUCUCCCGGGCCAAGAUCAGGACUGUAAAAAUGACUUUAGUGAUAGUGACUGCCUACAUCCUCUGCUGGGCUCCUUUCUUCAUUGUGCAGAUGAGGUCGGUAUGGGAUAAGAAUUUCGAAUGGACUGAUUCAGAAGACAUUGCGACCACCGUGACAGCGCUCUUGGGCUCUCUGAACAGUUGCUGCAACCCUUGGAUAUACAUGUUCUUCAGCGGGCAUCUCCUGCAAGAUUUCAUACACAGCUUCCCCUGCUUUCAAAAAAUCAAGCAAACUUUUAGCAAGGAAGAUUCAGACAGCAGCACCCGCAGGCAAACCUCAUUCACGAGGAUCCAGACAAGAAGUCCCACUAACAGCACUCAUACCCUGAAGGAGUCCCCCAAAUCCAGCAAGUCUAUCAAAUUCUUGCCCAUUCAAACCUGAAAUUGUCACCUAUAGAAAAAAAUAAUUCUAAAGAAAGCAAGACAGCCAUAUACUAUUAAAUCAGAAAUGGGUGAUCCAAGGCUAUCCAUAUGCUUCUGUACUACAAUUUCCAUCAUUCUACAGCAGAAAAUAAAAAUCCUGUGGGCUGUAGUUCACAAGCAGAUGGAGGGCUGAGAUGCAGACUCUCUUAUCUAAAACAUUGUGUGUUGUUCACAAACUUUAUUUACUAGUAAAUGUGUAAACAAGUGAUGUGUGGAAAGGAUGUUCACCACAUAGUCCUAAAACUAAUGUUAUUCUCUAAGUUCCAGCAGCCAAUAAUAGCCAGUUUAACAAUGAUCUGAAUGGCACAAGUUGGGCAGCCCCAGUUUCUAAACAAAAUCCUACGUACUGUAUACUGAAUAUUUUCCAUAUUCUGUACAAAGCUUCAUAAAGUUUUUAACACUUUUUAGAAACACAGGAUUAGAAACACAGAACAUAGUGGGAGUGCAACCCCAGGUACUGACACUAGAUUGUGGCUUAAGGAAUUUCUGAGCAGUAGUUGUGUGUUAUCAGCAGUAUCUAAAUAUCUGAACACUGCAGAUUGUUCUCCAAGUCUGCUUCAUAAGAUUCCCUCCAUUCAAAAUGCAAACAUAAAAGAAGCAGCACCCUAAUGCAUCACAUGAGGCAAAAUAAAGGUCCAACUAACUGCCACCUAUUCCUGUGGAUUUGCCCUAGAUUUACUUACAUCACCUUAGUUCCAUCCUGACAGCUUUUAUUCCUUACAAUUUGCUUACCUGACAUUCAAGGACAAUGACACCAGUAAGUAGAGUAUUUGCUGCUUUGGCAUUGCAAGUGCUUGCUCUUACAGUUACUCAAGCUUAAAUUUCAUUUAAUUUAAAACAGUAACUAAAAGGAAAUUCAUCACUUUUUUAAUAUAUUUUUAUAUCUUUAAUUUUCACAUAGUGUAACACCAGUUAAAAAAUGAACAGUUUAAUGAUAUAUACAUACAGGUAUGGGUCCUGAUGUUCAGAAUGCUUGGGACCUGGGAUUUUCCAGAUAAGGGAUCUUUC